CCUUUUGUUGGGCGAGCGCCAUGGUGCGCCCGCCUUUGACGUGAAGUUCGUGAGGACGUGAGUAAGGGAGACUAGGUAGUACGAAGAGGCUAAUUAUGUGGAGAAGAAGUCGUAGCGAGGGUCUUGCCGAGUACAGAGGGAUGGCAGACCAAGGAAAUGUUGCAGACCCAGACAACGAGAGAGUGGCCGCUCCUCCAGCAAGGACGGAGCUCCCGAUGUCAGAGAAAGACCGUAUGAAACUGUUAAUUGCUAAAUGCUAUGAAGACGGGAUUAUUCCAGAGAAAUUCUGCCACGGGGAAUGGAUUGUGGAAGGGGGAGUUCGCCUGUUCAAGGUAAACCCUAGGUUGGACACCUUGGUCACCGCCUGGUUAAAGGAAAGAACUGUUACCGUAAUUUUCCAAGGAGAGGCUAGGGACUUGCCGCUUCGGAUUAAAGAAGACUUGAUAAGGGCAUAUGAGAACGGCUGGUAUAGAGAGAGGGUGUUUGACCAUUCAAUCAAGAGGGGAAGGAUUCACGGCGAAGGUCCAAAUGUCCUUUCAUACGUAGCGAAGGCAAGUGAAGUGGCGAGGUGGAUGAUUGUUAAAGGAGAAGAUAAGGUAGUAAUUCGAGGGAUUGAGUAUGCCAUGGUUUUCAAACCAUGGAUGACGAAAGCGGAGUUGGAAGAGAGGCGAAGAGCAGAGGAUGCAACCAAGUUUUGGGUGAUGGCCUUGAGAGUGCCGCUCCGAGUGAUGUUUCAUGUGGAAAGUAUGAUGGCGCUCUUCCGGUGGAUGGAAGCAUGGUCAUUAGAGGAUGUUUUCAGAACGAUGAACCCAGUGUCCCCGGGUUAUACCUGGUUCGGGACGGCAAGUCCUGCAGCAGGAGUGAAAAGGCGCCUGGAUUACUUCUUGGUCUCUGAUCACCUGGCGAAGGCAGUUUUGUCCUCUCAUGAGGAAACCGAGUCCCUAUCUGAUCACAAACCGGUGUUCAUUGUAGUUCGCACAUCAGAGGAUUUGGCACGAGGUCCUGGAUGCUUCAGACUCAACAAGUUGGUGUUAGAGGAGGAAGGAAUAAAAGAAUGGACGGAACUCUUCUUGGAGCAAUGGAAGCAAGCAACGGAACUGUUCGAUUCUAAGGCAGAUUGGAUGGACGCAGGUCUUCGCAUCAUUUCCCAGAGACUGGACACCUACUCAAGAAUAGCAACGGAUGACCUUCCCAUCUCAGCAGACGCCAAGACAGGGAACUACGGAAUGAGAUGGAUCCAACGGGGGGUGGCUACGGUGGCGGACUUGUGGGAUUAUCUGAGUAACUCCUCGGUGUCAGACGACCAGCUCAAGGAAAAAUUGGGCCAACUGCCAUAUCUGGAAGCCAGAUUGCUGGAACUCAGGAACAGUAUCCCAGUCGACUGGGUAACACUCAUGGGUCCAGAGGGGGUUAAACCGGUCGACUCGUGGUACGCAGAAAAGCAAUGUGGGACCACGAUUUUCUACAGGUUACAGGAAUGGUUUGAUGAUGGAUUGGGCAAAUGCUGGUUGGAAGAGUACAGGUCAUUGCUGCCGAAUCUUCCGGAGAUAGUUCUCUCAGGGAUCAGUUGGAGAUAUGGUCUGAAUGGACUGGAGGAGAUUAGGGUACAUCGUCUUCCACCAAGGUCCCUGGGAGAACCGGACGUGCUUGUGGUCGUGGCUGAGGCAGUCUCAUUACGGGAGAUGAAGAUAGACCCGGACACAUGGGGCUGGCAACUAGACAACGAACCUAUCUGGGGCUUGAGUAACUUAUCUUCCACUCUGGUCCUCACAAUUCGCAGCAAGCUGCCACAUGCCAGCGAGAUCAUUGCAGACAGGUGGCAGCGGCAAUGUCCGGAGAUACAGCCUCCUUCGGAUAAGGAGCUCUCCGCGUUGUGGUCACAACUGAAGGUGGUUCCGUCUCAGAAGUUGGCUUCCUUGGCUUGGCUCCAAUCUCAUCUGGCUGUCCCCACGGCCAAAUGGCUCCAGGAUCGUCAGAUAGAGGUAAACACUCAAUGUGACAGAUGCUUAAACGCCACAGAGUCAAUGCAACAUCUGUGGUGGGAAUGGACACGGUGUGUCUUGGCUGCAGAAUUCAUCACCUAUGCCAUCAACAUUAUCAAUCUAUUGCAGCCGCCGCCAUCUGUGCCAAAGGGUGUUGCCGUACAUUUCCUCAUUGUACACAUCCUUAUCACCCAGAUCUUCAUUCUCUUUUGUGCUCAAGGACGCUAUCAGGACUGCAUGAUGCCGCACUAUGAUGAACGUCCUGAUGUUUUUUUGACACAUGUGGACAGCAUGUCCUUUGUCAGGACUGUUUUGAUGGGAUGGUCCAUGCUAGCCGUCCUGCUGAAUGCUGUGCUGAAGUAGCUCUCCUUGGAUAUCCUUGUGAACAUCCACAUCAUCCUCAACAUGCUUGUUCUAUCUGCCAGGGUGGGGGCUCCUCUUCCUGACUCGUCAAUAGAGUCAAGUGAUAAGGAGCAACACUAAUUGCAGGAUAGAUAAAGCUUUCGAUACUACCAACAGAUGUGGAAUUGAAGAAAGAAGAAAUAAAAAAUUGAUAAAACAAAAAGAAAAAAAGAAAGAAGAGAACAAAUUUUUGAAGAAAAG